AUGCCUGAUAAAAUUACAAACUAUCGCACUCAAAUUCCACAGUCAGCAGAUUUCCGAUCCCAUCAAGACACCACAGAAAAUUCCAACAAUACCAACAUGCUCCAACCCGAAGAAUGGGAAGGUUAUGAAGAGGAUGCAGGAGUAACGAGCCCCUUCCAUGACGUCUAUGAAGAAGAAACUCACCCACGCCUUCACCAAUCCCCAGCUAGCGGUCCUCCCUCCAGACCACCUAGUACCAACAGCUCCAACUACUCCACAAAGUCUCACUCCGACCUUGGGUGCUUACCCCCUUCUUCCCUAAACUCUCCUACUCCAUCCUACAAAUCUCGCGACCAACAGGCAAACACCAGUUCCACAACAGCAGCCACUUUCUCUCAUUAUCCAACGAACCACAUGCUCCCCCUAGCUUCCCCCUCCCCCUCUUACAAAUCUCGCGAUCCAUUCCUCAACACCAUUUCAGCUUCCACCCUCACAAACUCGACAAACCGCAUCAUUCGCCUCCCUCAUCGUGGCGUUGCCCACUUCAACCCCGCCACCAACAAAAACUGGCUUCCAAUCUUGCAAUCCUUCCUCUCUUACACCUUCACCAACCCCGAUAUUCUCGAAGAGGCACUCGAAACCCCCAAGAAUGGCGUCACGUGUGUUGGAAAUAGUAUGCGAAUCUGUUUGGAUGGCAAUGAAGGACUGGCGAAAUUAGGUGAGAUGGCCAUUAGAUUAGUGAUGAGGGAACAGUUUUAUUUGUUUAGUAUUCCUGAAGUACAAGCCUCUCAAAUACUAAACCGUAUCCUCUCCCGCGUCUCCCUGUCUGCUUACCCGACUAUAGCAUCAUGUAUCCGUCCUCAGCCCAGCGUCCCAAUAUCUUUCCGCAAUAUCAUAGAACUCGUCAAAGAGGACACGCGAGAAGACAACACCCGUGUUAUCAGCAGAGCAGUCAAGGCGGUGAUUGGGGCUGUAUAUUUAGAUGGUGGGAUUGAGAGUGCGAAGAAGAUAAUGGAGAAUUUGCAGAUGGGAAUCAAAUUGCCACCGGGAAGUGGGAGGUGA